CGGAUGUUCGUAUUGCACAAAGUUGGCGCUGAUCUAUCCGGGUAUUUCAUUCACUGCUUCCUUUCGCGCCGGGUAACCGGAGAGCCGUGCGUCCAUGUGCGCAGUGACUGGGAAUUGAUAGACCUUUAAGACAUUGAACUCUGAGCCGCAAAAAAAAGUUUAGUGAUGGAUCCCGAGUCUUUGAUCGAGGCCCUGCGGGGAACAAUGGACCCCAAUUUGCGAGAGGCCGCAGAGCGACAGCUGAACGAGGGUCACUCUCAGGUAAACUUUCUGUCCAUUCUGCUGCGUGUCACCAUGUCUGAACAACUGGAUUUGCCUGUCCGGCAAGCAGGUGUGAUUUACCUUAAGAACAUGAUAACCCAGCAUUGGAGUGAUGGGGAUGGUUCAUGCACAGAGACUUCUGUUAAUAACAUCCCUGAAGAGGACAGGAUAUUUAUUCGAGACAACAUAGUGGAGGCCAUCAUCCAUUCCCCAGAGCGCAUCAGAGUCCAGUUGACGACGUGUAUCCACCACAUGAUCAAGCAUGACUAUCCCGGCAAAUGGACGGCCAUCGUGGACAAAAUCGGCUUCUACCUACAGUCAGACAACAGUGCAGGGUGGUUGGGUAUCUUGCUCUGCCUUUACCAGCUUGUCAAAAACUAUGAAUACAAGAAACCAGAAGAACGUCAGCCUCUCGUGGCCGCCAUGCACAUCUUCAUGCCCAUGCUAAAGGAUCGCUUCAUCCAGCUUCUUCCAGACCACUCCAGCGACUCUGUCCUCAUUCAGAAACAGAUCUUCAAAAUCCUCUACGCCCUCUUCCAGUACAACCUUCCCCUGGAGCUUAUUAACAGACAGAACCUGACGGAGUGGAUGGAGAUCCUCAAGGCAGUAGUGGACAGAGAUGUGCCACCAGAUACAAUGCAGAUCGAUGAAGAUGAGCGGCCAGAGCUCCCAUGGUGGAAAUGCAAAAAGUGGGCUCUUCACAUCUUGGCCCGACUGUUUGAGAGAUACGGAAGUCCAGGCAACACAACCAAAGAGUAUGCAGAGUUUGCGGAACUUUUCCUGAAGGAAUAUGCAGUUGGUGCACAGCAGGUGCUGCUGAAAGUCUUAUACCAGUAUAAGGAAAAGCUAUAUGUGGCUCCCAGAGUACUCCAGCAGACGCUGAACUACAUCAACCAGGGAAUAGCGCAUGCUUUGACAUGGAAAAACCUUAAACCACACAUCCAUGGCAUGGUUCAGGAUGUGGUUUUCCCCCUCAUGUGUUACACAGAUUCCGAUGAGGAGCUGUGGCAGGAGGAUCCAUAUGAGUACAUUCGCAUGAAAUUUGAUGUAUUUGAGGACUUCAUCUCCCCAACAACAGCCGCUCAGACACUGCUUUUUACUGCCUGCAACAAGAGAAAAGAAGUGCUGCAAAAGACCAUGGGCUUCUGUUACCAGAUUCUUACAGAUCCCAACUCUGACCCGAGGAAAAAGGACGGAGCCCUGCACAUGAUAGGAUCCUUAGCUGAAAUUCUGCUGAAGAAAAAGAUAUAUAAAGACCAGAUGGAGUUCAUGCUGCAGAACCACGUCUUCCCCUUAUUCCGCAGUGAGCUGGGCUACAUGAGGGCAAGGGCAUGCUGGGUACUUCAUUAUUUCUGUGAGGUGAAGUUUAAAAGCGACCAGAAUCUGCAGACCGCUCUCGAGCUCACUCGCCUUUGUCUCAUUAACGACAAUGAAAUGCCAGUUAAAGUGGAGGCUGCUAUUGCCCUCCAAGUUCUCAUCAGCAACCAGGAGAAAGCCAAAGAAUACAUCACCCCCUUUAUUCGACCAGUGAUGCAGGCCCUCCUACACAUCGUCAGGGAGACGGAGAAUGAUGACCUCACCAAUGUCAUACAAAAGAUGAUCUGCGAAUACAGCGAGGAGGUCACUCCGAUUGCAGUGGAGAUGACGCAGCAUUUGGCUAUGACAUUCAACCAGGUGAUUCAGACGGGGGCUGAUGAGGAGGGAGGCGAUGACAAAGCUGUGACGGCUAUGGGGAUCCUCAACACCAUCGACACAUUGCUGAGUGUUGUGGAGGACCACAAAGAGAUCACUCAGCAACUGGAGGGCAUCUGUCUCCAGGUGAUUGGCACUGUGCUGCAGCAACAUGUUCUGGAAUUUUAUGAGGAGAUCCUGUCGCUGGCUCACAGUCUGACCUGCCAGCAGGUGUCGCCACAGAUGUGGCAACUUCUUCCACUUGUGUAUGAAGUCUUCCAGCAGGAUGGGUUUGAUUACUUCACAGACAUGAUGCCUCUACUUCACAACUAUGUCACAGUUGAUACAGACACGCUCCUAUCUGACACCAAAUACCUGGAGGUUAUUUAUAGCAUGUGCAAAAAGGUCCUGACAGGUGACCCCGGCGAGGACCCAGAAUGCCAUGCAGCAAAGCUGUUGGAGGUAAUCAUUCUCCAGUGCAAAGGUCGUGGCAUUGAUCAGGUCGUGCCCUUGUUUGUGGCAACGGCUUUGGAGCGUUUGACACGAGAGGUGAAGACGAGCGAGCUGAGGACGAUGUGCCUGCAAGUGGCUAUUGCUGCGUUAUAUUACAGCCCGCCUCUCCUCCUCAACACCUUAGAGAACAUGCGGUUUCCCAACAACACGGAGCCCAUCACCAAUCACUUCAUCACCCAGUGGCUGAAGGAUGUCGAUUGCUUCCUUGGCCUCCACGACAGGAAGAUGUGCAUUCUGGGACUUUGUGCGCUCAUUGACCUUGAGCACAGACCUCAGGCUGUCGGCCAGGUCGCCAACCAGAUCCUUCCUGCUGCCAUCCUACUUUUCAACGGCCUCAAGAGGGCGUACGCCUGUCGAGCAGAGCACGAGAAUGACGACGACGAUGAAGACGGAGAAGGGGAGGAUGAGGACGAUGCAGCUGAACUGGGCAGCGAUGAAGAUGACAUCGACGAGGAAGGUCAGGAGUACUUGGAAAUGCUCGCCAAGCAGGCGGGAGAGGAUGGAGAUGACGAUGACUGGGAGGAAGAUGAUGCAGAGGAGACGGCACUUGAGGGCUACACUACAGCAAUAGACGACGAAGAUAAUUUUGUGGACGAAUAUCAGAUCUUCAAAGCUGUUCUACAGAACAUCCAAACCCGUGACCCAGCCUGGUAUCAAGCACUAACACAGAGCCUUGAGGAGGAGCAGGGCAAACAGCUCCAUGACAUUGGCACACUUGCAGACCAGAGGCGGGCAGCACAUGAAUCCAAGAUGAUUGAGAAACACGGCGGAUACAAGUUCACAGCGCCGGUGGUGCCAUCUACUUUCAACUUUGGAGGCUCGGCUCCAGGAAUGAAUUGAAUCAUCUGUUCUACUUUUUAUUACUCUGUGACUGAUUGUAGUGAAGUGUAAGAAAAAAAAAAAAAAAGAAAAACCAAAAAAAAACAAACAAAAGCUUGUGUUGUUCCCUUAAGUAGUGGUUCCAGAACUGGUUUUCAGUCAUAUUUCUUUUUCAAUCUUUCAAAAUGGGGAGAAACAAAAACACCAGAAGAUUGGGGGGAAAAACACCGACAUGCAACCAGCGUCGGGAGGGGGGGGAAAGAAACCAAUCCAAGACUUUGAGCGCAAGAGAAGCUGUGAAGACUGGCGUCUUCCGGAGCCUGGUGUAUUGUGGGAUGGCGUGGCUGCAGCUCUUCUGUCUUUCUUCCCACUUAAAUCAAUUUUUGGGGGGAUUAAAAGAAUCGAUAAUGGAAGCAAAUGUUUCGUUAUUUCGGUUGUGGCCAAAUGGUCGUAAUAUACCUCUGGUAGUGGUGAAAUCUAUGUUACUUUCUGCAUAAACAAACACUCAUGUUUAUGUACAUACAAGCCAAGGUUAUUGAUAUUUUUUCAAGUAGCCUUGAAGGAAACAAAAAUUAAUAAAUUGAGGCAUUUGUAAGGUA